UCUAACUAUUGGUAGACGAAACUAUUGAAUCCAAGCAAAUUCAGUCAUGAGCACUGUUAAUACUCCUAAAAACACUACUACUCCCAUCGCCACCAAUGUGCCUGAGCAUGUCGAGUUCAAUGGGAAUGGCUCAAAAUUCCAGUUUAUAGCCAGUCUACUCUCUCGCUUUGUUGGUGCCAAGGACUUGGUUAGCAUGAGAAUAUCAUUGCCUGCUAAUUUGAUGGAGCCUCAGUCUAAUUUGGAAUUCUGGAAUUAUGUCGACCGUCCAGAUAUAUUUGUAAGCAUUCCAGAUGGAGUAGAUCCACUCGAAAGAAUGCUGCGAGUAAUUCGAUUUUGGUAUUCAAAAGACACAAAGUGGAAGGAUCACCAACUGCGAAAGCCUUACAAUCCCAUUUUAGGAGAGCGGUAUAUUUGUCAUUGGAAAGUUCCUUGCGAUCCCAACAUCGCACACGAAAGUCUGACAAAAGUGUCUUCUGCUGCAGACCUCGAUCAGUCGGACAAGGCUCAGCCACCAUCUAAAGAAACAACUCUGUUCUGCAUCAAUGAGCAGGUUUCUCACUAUCCUCCAAUCUCUGCAUUUACCUAUACAACUGCCGACGCCCGUAUAGUUGCUAGUGGGCUCGAUCAUGUUGUUGCUCGUUUCACUGGGACCGCUUUUAAAGUUGGACCAGGAGAAUACAACUCGGGCGUUUAUAUCACACUAAAGGACCACGAUGAGGUUUAUAAUAUCACUCAUGCCUGGGCUACUGUUCAUGGGUUGUUGACAAGCUCGCCAUAUAUUGUUGUCAGUGAGCAGACUGUAAUCAUAUGCCCUAAAUCCGGUAUCAAGGCAAUCUUGCAGUACGUGGAAGAGUCGUAUUUUGGUCGUCCCAAAUUCGCCAUCAAUGGAAAGAUUUUCAAAUACGAUUUUCAAAAGAACUCGAAUCUGACUCCCAAGCAACGAAAAGAUUCAGAGAAACUCUCUCUUGUUCCCAAAGAAGAUUUGCUAUGCACUUUAUCUGGUCAAUGGAACGGUCAGAUAUUUUAUCGGCUAGCUGGAUCAAAUGAAGAUAUACUCUUGUUUGAUAUGAAGACAUCGGAUGUCGAACCAAAAAUUGUUCAGGACUUGGCCAAUCAACACGAGCUGGAAAGUCAACGGGUAUGGCAAAAAGUCACUGAAGCACUGCUAAAAAAAGAUUUCACUACAGCAACAAAAGAAAAGCGUAUAGUGGAAGAUCGGCAGCGACAUGCGAUUACCGAGCGGCAUAAGCUAGCUUCACCCGCAUAUACCCCUGUACACUUUGACUUCAAUUAUGAUUUUAUGCAGGCUAAUGGUGUGGCUGGACCUCCUGUAAAUUUUGACAAGGGCCAUCCAAGACUAAAACCUGGAGUUUUGGAGCAAUUGGUAUCGCAAACAAAAACAACAAAUAUAAUCAAAAAGAUAAAAACCGAAAAUAUUGAAGUGAAUUCUCAAGAGUCGAUAGCUUCACCUGCAUCCAUCCCGUCGGCUCGGAUGCAGACCGAGACUAUCCCUUUGUAACACAUUUAUGGGUUACUUUUAACACGUAUUGCAUGUUUAAUUUCAACUCGGCGAUAUGUCGAGUUGAAAUGCACAUGCAGUUGAGCUAUCCAAAUAAAUGGAUUCCUGAAAUUUG